UCUUGCGUUUACCAGGUUCGGUGUCAAAUCGGACACCGUAAGUGUGCAGAACCACAUAAUUGUCUCGCAGUUACGCGGGCUCCUAAAACCCAGCUGCGGUCAAGCUAAGCACUCUCCACUCUCCUUCGCUCAGUUUUCCUCCUUUUUUUCUUCUUCUUCUUCCACUGUCGCCGUCGAAUCGCGUCGAGACGAGCGGCGCGAACCGAACCGUUGUUGCUCCAAAAAGGCAGUCCUAGUGGCCAACCGACGCCAGUGUGCUUUCAGUGUGAUUCAGUGUCUCAACGCCAGCGCCAGCAACAUUCGCUGGGUCCGAACCGAACGUUUAGCACAGGAUAUUAUAUCUUCCUUUUUUUUUUGGUUUUUUGAAAGUGUGAACUGGGUGAACAACAACUCGUGAACGGAAUUGGUAUAUUGUUACUAGUGCGUUGAGUGAUCGCGAAAAUUCGCACACGGACAGAUUGGCGACGAACACAAGCCGGAUUUUCCGAGUGCCUUUAGGUCAUAAGUUUUCUUGAAAGUUUCUCCUCGCGCAGGAGAUUCUUUUUUACGUAGCGUCAGAGUUUGAAAUAAUUUGUACACCUGAGGGGUACACCCAGCAGCGGUAAAUAUGGCGAAAUUGGUUGCCAUAAUUUGCGUCCUGGCUUUAGUGGCUUCGGCUACGGCCACCGGGCGAACAAAGCGACAGGCGGAGGAAACCAAAAAGGAAGAGUCAUUCGAGAAAGAGCUUUGCAAAGACAAAGAUGCCGGUGAAUGGUUCCGAUUGGUCGCCGGCGAGGGAGAUAACUGCCGUGAUGUCAUCCAGUGCACAUCGUCGGGUCUGCAAGCCAUUCGGUGCCCGGCCGGUCUGUACUUCGACAUCGAGAAACAGACGUGCGACUGGAAGGACGCUGUGAAGAACUGUAAGAACAAAAACCGUGAGCGAAAGAUCAAGCCUCUGCUGAUCACGGACGAGCCACUCUGUCAGGACGGAUUCCUAGCCUGCGGUGACGGAAACUGUAUCGAGCGGGGACUUUUCUGUAACGGAGAGAAGGACUGUAACGAUGGUUCGGACGAGAACUCUUGCGACAUUGAAAGCGAUCCAAAUCGUGCGCCCCCUUGUGAUCCGGCCGUGUGCGUGCUGCCGGACUGCUUCUGCUCGGAGGACGGCACCACGAUCCCCGGAGACCUGCCAGCCAAGGACGUCCCGAUGAUGAUCACCAUCACCUUUGACGACGCCAUCAACAACAACAACAUCGAUCUCUACAAGGAGAUCUUCAACGGCAAGCGCAAGAACCCGAACGGGUGUGACAUCAAGGCGACAUACUUCAUCUCCCACAAGUACACCAACUACUCGGCCGUGCAGGAAACCCACCGCAAGGGACACGAGAUCGCGGUACACUCGAUCACCCACAAUGACGAGGAACGGUUCUGGUCGAACGCCACCGUCGACGACUGGGCCAAGGAAAUGGCCGGUAUGCGUAUUAUCAUCGAAAAGUUCGCCAACUUGACUGACAACUCCGUAGUCGGUGUCCGCGCCCCAUACCUGCGUGUCGGUGGUAACAACCAGUUCACCAUGAUGGAGGAACAAGCCUUCCUGUACGAUUCGACUAUCACCGCACCCCUUUCGAACCCACCGCUAUGGCCAUAUACCAUGUACUUCCGCAUGCCCCAUCGAUGCCACGGCAAUCUGCAGAGCUGCCCAACCCGCUCUCACGCCGUCUGGGAAAUGGUCAUGAACGAGCUGGAUCGCCGAGAGGAUCCAACCAACGACGAAUACCUACCCGGAUGUGCUAUGGUGGAUUCCUGCUCGAACAUUCUCACCGGCGAUCAGUUCUACAACUUCUUGAACCACAACUUCGAUCGUCACUACGAGCAAAAUCGUGCCCCACUUGGUCUGUAUUUCCACGCUGCCUGGCUGAAGAACAACCCCGAGUUCCUGGACGCGUUCGUUUACUGGAUCGAUGAGAUUCUGUCCAACCACAACGAUGUGUACUUCGUCACCAUGACCCAGGUAAUCCAGUGGAUCCAGAACCCACGUACGGUCUCGGAAGUCAAGAACUUCGAGCCAUGGAGGGAGAAGUGCGUCGUUGAUGGCAAGCCAGCCUGUUGGGUGCCAAGCUCCUGCAAACUCACCUCCAAGGAAGUUCCCGGGGAAACCAUCAAUCUGCAGACCUGCGUGCGAUGCCCCAACAACUACCCAUGGCUCAACGACCCAACUGGCGAUGGAUUCUUCUAAGCCGACUAAUCGAGCCUCUGAAUUCGUGAGGUUAUUUUCUAGGAAAUUUAUAGUUCGUCCCCUGCAUAUUUACUCCGCUUCAAAUCCCCUUCUAAUAUAGUCCCAAAACAUCAUGUUAUAAACAAACAAAAAAGUAAACGCUAUCAUCUUAAACACCCCCUCCUAUCCCUUUCCUUCCCCUGUUUGCCAAAAAAAAAGAACUAACAAAACGAAACAAGACUUGAAGAAAUCACUUCUCCGUCCAUCCGGGAGAAACGUAAAGAAAUAAAGGAAAGAAACGUAUCGAAGUUCGAACGCAAUGAUCACGACGAAUCGCGCGAUUGCAAGAACAACGCCAGGGCGUCCCCCUCACCACCCCUCACAAGGCUCCCUCCAUCACAGAAUCUCUCAAUUCGUCCCCAUCUACGAAGC